AUUGUCAUAUUUUGCAAACGUCAAAUUGUAUGUCAUGACUUGGCGUGUGGGUUUUCGCACUUUAUUUCGCGUUUUUAUCCAUGUAAGAAAUAAUUAGUACCGUGCCUUCUUUUUCUAAAUGACACGUAAUGAUCUAGUUGUGAAACAACAGCAAAACACUUAUUUCACCGUGGAGUGUAGUGUCAUAUUAUUUUUCCUCAAAAUCGGCCAAAACGACACAAAAAUGAUGGAAGAGGUCGUACAUUACAAUGGCCCCCUACAGCUGUAAGCUUUACUUAAGUGAUAUUAUCGCUACAAUGGCUGAAGAUAAUAGAAAAAUCUCAAUGGAUGUUAAUGGGGUGUCCGAAAAUGGCUUCACAGACGCUCCAUCAAUGCCUUGGUUCGGGAUGGACAUAGGUGGCAGUUUAUGCAAAUUGGUUUAUUUCGAACCGAAAGACAUUACCAAAGACGAAGCCGAUUCUGAAGUCGAAACCCUACGCAACAUUCGAAGAUAUCUGACCAAAAAUUCAGCAUAUGGAAAAACCGGCCAUCGAGACACCCACUUACAGAUGGACGAUGUUUACAUUCGGGGUAGAAGAGGUACUUUGCACUUUAUCCGUUUCCCAUCGAGUGAAAUGGUGAAUUUUUUGGCUUUGGCCAAAUCUAAAGGCAUGGCUAACUUAGUUACGACGGUUUGUGCGACUGGAGGAGGCGCUUUUAAGUUCGAGGAGGAUUUCAGAAGGGAAGUUAACAUGAAAUUGGAAAAGUUUGACGAGUUUGAUUCCCUUUUGAAGGGUUUGCAAUUUGCAGACGCACAGAACCCUGCCGAAUGUUAUUAUUGGGCGAAUCCCACCGACGAUGCUUGCUGUUCUAAAGUCAAAUACGACUUCUCUAAUCCAUAUCCAUUUCUUAUUGUCAAUAUCGGGUCAGGUGUCAGCGUGUUGGCCGUCUACUCGGCCACUGAUUAUAAGAGGAUCUCAGGAACAAGUUUGGGCGGGGGUACUUUUUUGGGCCUUUGUUGUUUAUUAACGGGCUGUAAUACGUUCGAAGAGGCGAUACAGUUGGCAGCUGAAGGUGAUAACACACGAGUUGAUAAGCUGGUGCGCGAUAUUUACGGCGGUGACUAUGAACGGUUCGGUUUACCAGGAGAUUUAGUUGCUAGCAGUUUCUCGGGCUUUAGUUUUGGACAAAUGAACUCUCGCGAGAAGCGCAGCAAAGUUAGUCGCCAGGAUCUAGCCAGGGCGACUCUAGUGACCAUCACUAACAACAUCGGGUCCAUUGCUAGGAUGUGUGCUAUUCAGGAGAAAAUCGACAGGGUCGUUUUUAUGGGAAAUUUCCUUCGAGUUAACCCCAUCGCCAUGAAACUGCUUGCAUAUGCUAUGAACUACUGGUCCAAGGGUACAAUGAAAGCCUUAUUUCUGGAACAUGAAGGCUACUUUGGUGCUAUUGGUUGUCUACUCCAAUUUCACGAGGCCAAAAGAUGAAUUACAAACAUUCCAAGUGAAAGGUGUUGGAGUUUAGUACAAAAUAAAACAAUGUUGGACAUUUUUAGCAAAUGAAGUUAAUUCUUGGCGUUUUAUUGUAGAUUUUGUACACUGCUUUUAUAUAUAUUUAAAAAAUAGUACGUUCAAAGGUGUAGAUUUUUAAUGUAUGGUUUUUCUACAUUUUUUAAAUAAAUUUGAUAAGUGAGAACUUGGUGUAGGCUCGGUACGUGAAUGACGCACAUGUUUUAUUUCGAUUCGUUAAAAGUGGUAAAAUAUACAGCACAUGAAACAAUGAACUAAUAUUAAAUUAUUUAUUGAUGGAAAUCUAAACAGAGUAUGUGAAAUAUAUUAUUUUAUUUA